GAAGGCAAUAACCGGAAAACGUGUCGGUAGUUAUGUGUAGCUCAACAAGAAGGUUCAACAGAUCGCUCGCUCUUCUUCACAGCGACUCAGCAGCGGCAAAAAGGGGAACGUUUGGGGACUCUUGACAGCUUUCAGAGACUGCUAUGACAUCUCGCAGGUGGUUCCACCCCAACAUCACCGGAAUUGAGGCAGAGCAGCUCCUGUUGACCCGGGGUGUCCACGGCAGUUUCCUGGCUCGGCCCAGCAAGAGCAAUCCGGGGGAUUUUACCCUCUCUGUCAGGCGGAGCGAUGAGGUGACCCACAUUAAGAUCCAGAACUCGGGCGACUACUACGACCUGUACGGAGGCGAGAAGUUUGCCACACUGGCCGAGCUGGUGCAGUAUUACACCGAACAACAGGAUCUCCUGCGCGAGAGGAACGGCCAUGUCAUCGAGCUCAAGUACCCACUCAACUGCAAGGACCCCACCUCUGAGAGGUGGUACCAUGGGCAUCUCUCUGGGCGAGAUGCAGAGAAACUGCUCACAGACAAAGGCAAAGCCGGUAGCUUCCUGGUACGGGAAAGCCAGAGUAAACCGGGCGACUUUGUCCUCUCAGUUCUCACCAAUGAGGAGAAACACGAGAACGUGGACCGCAAGACCAAGGUCACCCACGUUAUGAUACGCUACCAGCAGGACGGUAAAUACGAUGUAGGCGGCGGUGAGCGGUUCGACACCCUGGCUGAUCUGGUGGAUCACUACAAGAAGAACCCCAUGGUGGAGAAAAGUGGCAUCGUAGUGCACCUCAAACAGCCCUUUAACGCCACAAGGAUAAAUGCAGCCAACAUUGAGAACCGGGUACGAGAGCUCAACAAAGUAGCAGACAACUCUGAGAAACCCAAACAAGGAUUCUGGGAAGAAUUUGAGGUACUUCAGCAGCAGGAGUGCAAACUGCUGUAUCCCCGGAAAGAAGGCCAGAAGCCAGAAAACAAGAGUAAAAACAGAUACAAGAAUAUCCUCCCCUUUGACACAACUCGGGUUGAAAUCAUGGAAACAGAUCCAGAUGUUCCUGGUUCAGACUACAUCAAUGCCAACUACAUCAGAAGUAUGCAUGAAGAGGGGCGCCAUGUGGAGGAGGGCAAAGUCUUCAUCGCCACCCAAGGGUGCCUACAGAAUACAGUCAUUGACUUCUGGAAGAUGGUGUAUCAGGAGAAUACACACGUCAUCGUCAUGACAACGAAGGAGGUGGAGCGAGGACGGAACAAAUGUGUCCGUUACUGGCCCGACCUCCACGGCACUAAGGAGUUUGGGAUGGUGCUGGUAAGGAACGUGGAUGAACGGCCAGCACAAGACUACAUCCUGAGGAAGCUGGAGGUGACCCGUCUGGACCGGAAGGAGCCUCUGAGGCACAUCUGGCACUACCAGUACCUCAGUUGGCCAGACCACGGGGUGCCCAAUGAGCCUGGUGGUGUCCUCUGGUUCCUAGAGGAAGUCAACCGCACCCAGAGUAUCAUUCCAGACACUGGACCCAUUGUUGUCCACUGCAGUGCAGGCAUCGGCAGGACAGGCACCAUUAUCGUCAUUGACAUCCUUAUUGACAUUAUUAACCGUCAAGGUCUAGAUUGUGACAUCGACAUCCCUAAGACCAUCCAGAGGGUACGGCAGCAGAGGUCGGGCAUGGUGCAGACAGAGGCUCAGUAUAAGUUCAUCUACAUGGCUGUGCAGCAGUACAUAGACACGGCUCAGAAGAGACUGGAGGAGGAGCAGAGGAAUAAGAUGAAGGAGAGGGAAUAUUCCAAUAUCAAAUAUCCCCAGAUGACCAACUCGAGGUCUAAACCCAACAUGGCAUCCUCACGCUCUUCUUCUGUGAUGACAAAUGAUUCGUCGAGUGUGUACGAGAACAUAAACUUUAAAAGCCCUCAGACGUCUUUUAGCAGUAACACCAGGAGGUAAAACCAUCGCUGUAGACCUCCACAUCGCUCUGUCUGCCUCUCUUUUCAGCAGAGGUGUUGCUUUGUCAGCGCCUGAAAAUUUCUUGGGGGAGGAGGGAGUGUGUUGCUCUGACUAAACCCCACAUCAGUGGACCCUGCCUGGGCUGAAGGGGGCAAACUGACCCCUCUCCUGCUGCCGUUCUGCUGGACCUCUCUGUCUGGAGUCAAACCUUACCCUCCAUUGAGAGGACUCUACAGCAUAGUGCUCUCGCUCAGGGCCCUUGUCCUCCCCCCUUUCUCCCCCCACCGCUCCAGCUUCUCCCUCUCUUAACAACGCAAGUGCCUUGUCACAGGAUGUGUCUGUAAUCUUGCCCCCCCAAAUCGUUACAUCAACAACAUUAAAUACUUUUACAACUCUACUGCCACCACUUUCCAAACCCUGGAAACCGGGGCUGAUGAAAGAAACAGAUAUUAAACAUGGAGUCUGCCCCAGCCUGAACUGAAGAGAACUGUACGGGACCCAAGAAGAGGUCAAAGCUAAGCUGUUUGCCAGAAAUCACUCUAUUCGCUAUCCCUCUUUCUCUGUCUUUGCUGGUUGUCAUUUGAACUCGAACCUAAGACUGUUUUUGUGGCGUUCUGUCUCUCCAGCUGUUACGUAGCUUGCUACAGGAACCUGAGGCACAGGGAGGGCAAGUAAGCCUCUUUUUUUCCCCAAUUUAUUUUUUUUUGAUGUAUUAAUUUCGGGUGUAAAAGUGGAAUCUUUUAAUUAAUUUUUUUUUUUGUUUUGAAGAUAUGACUGAGUUGUACAGUAUGUAACCUCCUGUGCUGUUGCAAAUGCAAAUCAGCUGUUCUGUUGUACUUUAACAGAUUUGUAGGCCAUUUUUACUUAUUACUUAUGGUUACUGGGACAUACACAUCAGUCCUGUCUGUCAUCUGAACAUGGCCUCUAGCUGACCCCACUUUGAAUACAAACUCAUUCAUGAAAAUUGUGGGUCUGUCCUUUUAAUGAGCUUUUUUUCAUUAUUUCUUUUUAAAAAAAAGGAUUAUUUUUGGGGGCUUUUUGCCUUUAUUUGAUAGGGACAGGUGGGGGUGGGGGGGUGACAGGCAGCAACGGGCCAUGGGUUGGAUUCGAACUCAGGCUGCUGCGAUAAGGAUUCAGCCUUGUACAUAGGGUGCGCUCUUCCAGGUGAGCCGGGGCGCCCCAUGUUUUCAUUAUUUGUUGGUGUUUUGGUAGGUAUAUAUAUAUAUAUUUGAGCAUUGUCGUGGAACAGAUCAUGUUUAAGCACAAUUGUCUAAGCAGCACCCCAAGCACAAAUUUUGAUUCACUGGUAGAGUAUAAUAGUUAAUAGGUGGUUGGAGUUGAGCUUGGCUGACCGCCGUCUCUCAGCUUUGUUUGACUGGCUGUACUCGUUAAUCAGCAGGUCUGAUGCGGUUCAACAUCUGCCGUCGCAGAUCGUCACAAGCAGACAAGGGAAAGGGGGCGAUUACAGUGGGCCAGAUGGCCAUCUGCCUGAGAUUGAAGAAUAGAUUUGUCUCCAAAAAGUAAUUUAGAAGAUGGCCAUAAUCCAGGCUUGAUGAUAGCAGGGUGAGUACACCGACGUCAUUGAUGUGAUAAGGAAGACGGUGGUGCCGCAGAGCACUGAGCCCUCUGCGCUGUCUGGCAGAUUGUUUCACUAUUUUUAGCCUCCAGGAUCAGCACCAAAAUAUCCUACUCAAAUACAAGUGCAGAUACAUUGGUGAAAUCUGAGCUAGCUCAUUUAAAGUGUUAUGGCUUAAUGGUCCUAAAGACCGUAAAAAACGAUGUCUCUCAAUAGGAAGAUGUCAUGAAAAUGUUUGUUCAGUCUACCUUUUUUUAAUUUUAAGUCAUCAAAGUAAACCAUGAAUGAGCGGCACUUGUUGGUGGUGUUGACGCUCAGACCAUUCCUCUCUCUCCACCAACAGAGAUGUUCAACUAACCAGGUCAAGGACACUCACAGGCUGGACUCACCUUGUUUUCUUCAGUCAUGAAUUGGCUAGUUUCUGCAUUUCAUGAUGUAAUAUUCAGCUAAGUGUAAUCCAAAUGUACUGGAAUAAUAGUAUUUCUUUCCUUUGGGGGGCUGCAGGGGGGCUGGAGCCAAUCCCAGCUUACACUGAGUAUAGCUAAUGGAUGGAUGGAUGGUAAUAGUACUCAGUCAUUGCACUGAAAUAAACUAUAAUUUGAUACUGUUGACCUUGUGGGGGAUAUUGAAAUAUAGUAACAGUGUAACCUGCAGCAGCCAUAUCGUCUUGUUUGACAACAGAGGUCUUUUAAAGGCUUACAAGAGCACAGAGUCAUUUUAUUAAGGUCUCAAUACAUCAGUUGAAGCUUUGUCUGUCUAGUGAUUUCAGUCACUUGUCUGUCAGAGUGGAGAGUUUUCCUGGUAUAAAUUGUUGCCUAUGUAUUUUUAUGGUUGAUUCUUUAUGUGAAUAAAAGCUAUGUUUCAUGAAAUGAGUGGCCCUGUGUCAGUGAAGGCCCAUGUCUGUUAGAAAUAUGCUGCACCACUUGAUGUACUUCAGUUAUAUUCAAACAAUGAAGGUGUUUGAAUCCCUCUGGUUUUUCCUUUUGUUCUUUCCCCAUCUGAACUGUGAUCCAUGUCCGAUGAAUGAGAAACGACUUUUGUGGUUUUGUUUCGGUGUUUCUGAACUAUCUUGCGCUAUGGAUAAUUUUGAUUUUUAUUGUAUUUCACUUUGCCUCUAUGGGUCAAAAUUUUUUAUGAUAUGGUGAAACAUCAAUACUUGAAAGUGUGAAACUGCUGAAUCUUUGGCCUAAGGCUGUGCGUGGAUGUCCAUUGGCUGUGGAAGUAUUUUUGUAGUGCAUCCGUUUUGUUGUUUUAUUGUUGUUGUUGAUGUUUCAUUUUGCUGAUAUGUUUCAAAUUGUAUUUCUAAUUGAUUAUUUUAUCCACUCUUGUAUUUUGUAUUGUGUCUGAAUUAUUAUUAUUAUUAUUAUUAUUAUUGUUACUAUUAUUAUUGGUGUAAUUUCACCAUCGAUAAGUAAAUUCUGGCUCUGAGUUGAACCAGUAUGCAGGUAUGCAGUAGUAACACAGUAUUUUCUUUCUGCUUGUCCUCUUACAUUUACUUGAACAUGAUGUCGAUUUCUUUUUGUUCUGAUUCCUUGUUCCUCUGUUGGUCACAGUAUGAAGUGAGUAGUGGUGGUAUACUGAGUGCUCCCAUGUUGUACAGUGGAGGCUCUUCCCUUUCCCUUUCCUCUUCUUGCACUGGCUCUGCCCAGACGCCUUUUUGCUGUAUAGGCUACAAAUGCAAUGAGCUGCCAGAAAUGGCAUCUAAAUUGUUUAUUAUCAUAUAGUUUAAUAAAAAUCUAUGAUGGCACUAUGUAAA